CUCCCAGGACGUCCCUGACUGUCGCCGCCGCUGCUGCUCCUUCUACCCUGUGGCUACCUGCACCCGCCCUCUUGUGCCCCUGCCGAGACUCCAACCCGCUCCACUGCGUCCCUGCCCAGCUGGCUACCAGGGUGCUCAGAGACUGCAACACUCAGCACACAUCCCUGUUCAACCAUGCUUCCUUCCCCCAAGAAUACUGAUAUGGCAAUGGCAAUGCUGCGAGACUGGUGCAGGUGGAUGGGUGUCAAUGCCCAGCGCUCAUUGCUCAUCCUGGGCAUCCCUGAAGACUGCAAGGAAGAUGAAUUCCAGGAAGCAGUGCAGGCUGCCCUAUGGCCCCUGGGCAGGUACCGAGUGCUCUGUAAGACCUUUCGAAAGGAGCUCGGGGCCAGGGUAGCUUUAGUUGAGUUCGCUGAAUAUUUAAAUCGAAAUUUAAUCCCCCAACAAAUACCAGGUAGUGGGGGCCCAUGGACUGUGAUCUUCCUGCCCCAGGCUCCUGAUGCUGACUUCCAGGAUACUCCCAAUUUCUCUGCACAGCCUCAGGGGAGAGCAGUGGUAGGAGCUGCUUGUGAGGCAGAAGCUGCUGGUGAGGGAGGAGCUGCCUAUGAAGGAGGAGCUGCAUGUAAGGGAGGAGCUGCAUGUGAAGGAGGAGCUGCAUGUGAGGCAAGAGUUACAGGUGGGAGAGGAGCUGCAUGUGCGACAGAAGCUGAAGGUGAGGCAGGAGAUACAGGUGAGGGAGGACCUACAGGUGAGGAAGAAGCUGUAGAUGAGGGAGAAACUGCAGGUGAGGGAGGACCUACAGAUGAGGCAGCAGUUGCAGAUGAGGAAGGAGCUGUAGGUGAGGGAGAAACUGCAGGUGAGGGAGGAACUGAUAGUGAGGCAGUGGCUGCAGAUGAGGGAAAAGCUUCAGGUGAGGAAAGAGCAUCAGGUGAAAUAGGAGCUGUGAAUGAGGGAGGAGCUGUAGGUGAGGCAAGAGAUGCAGGUGAGGGAGGAGCUGCAAAUGAAGGAGUUGAAGGUGACAGAGGAGCUGCAGAUGAGUCAGAAGAAGCAGGUGAAGUAGGAGUUGUGUAUGAAGCAAGUGUGUCAGAUGAGGAGGGAGUUGAAGGUAAUGUGGGAGUUGCAGGUAUUAUACGACCUAUGGACAUGGCAGCAGCUGCAGGUGAGGUAGGAGCUUCAGGUAACAGAGUUGCUGCAAGUGAGGGAGGAGCUGUAGAAGUACGUGAAAUAGGAGUUGCAGAUGAGGCAAGAGCCUCAGAUGAGGAGGGAGCUGCCGGUGACAUGGGAGUUGCAGGUGUUCUAGGAGCUUUGGGUCUGGUAGGAGCUGCAGGUGAGGCAGGAGCUGCAGGUGACGGAGGAGUUGCAGGUGAGGCAGGAGCUGCAGGUGAGGCAGCAGCUGCACGUGGGGCAGCAGCUGAGGCAGAAGCAGCAGGUGAAGUAAGAGCUGCGCAUGAGGCAAGAGUGUCAGAUGAAGAGGGAGCUGCAGGGGACAUGGGAGUUGCAGGAAUUAUAGGAGCUGUGGGUGUGGCAGGAGCUGUAGGUGAGGGAGGAGCUGCAGGUGAUGGAGGAGCUGCAGGUGAGGCAGGAGCUGCAGGUGAGGGAGGAGCCGCAGGUGAGAGAAGAGCUGCAAGUGAAGCAGAGGAAGCAGGUGAAAUAGGAGCUGCAGAUGAAGCAAGAGAGUCAGAUGAGGAGGGAGCUGCAGGUGAUAUGGGAGUUGCAGGUGUGAUAGGAGCUGUAGGUAUAGCAGGAGCUGCAGGUGAGGCAGGAGCUGCAGGCGAGGCAGGAGCUGCAGGUGAGGAACGAGUCUUGGAUAUGGCAGGAGGGACAGAUGACGCGGGAGCCCGGACCCAGCAGUGGAGCCAGGCCCUGCAGCCUGUCCUGGAGAACAUGGCCUAUGAGGAGCUGAGAAGCUUUUCUGGGAUUGAAGAGCCAGCCUGUGGGGAAGACUCCUUCGAGAGCUGGCUGGAUCAUGCCAACGACAUGCUGUACCUGUGGCGCCACAUAUCCGAGAGGGAGAGGAGGAGGAGGCUGGUGGAGAGCUUGGGUGGGCCCGCCCUGGAUCUCAUGUGUGGGCUCCUGGAAGAACACCCAGACACUCCUGCACAGGACUGCCUGGCCGCGCUGGUGCAGGUGUUUGGGAACAAGGACACCCGGAUGACCGCACGCCUGAAGUUCCUGACUUGCUCUCAGCGGCCUCAGGAGACUCUCUUUGCCUAUGUGAUGCGCCUGGAAGGCCUGCUGCAGGUAGCCUUGGAGAAGGGGGCCAUCCAUCCGGCUAUUGCUGACCAGCUGCGAGCCCGGCAGGUGCUGAUGAGGGCCCGACCAAACCAGAUGCUCCAGAACAACCUGAGGAGGAUGCGUCUGGAGAGGAGGCCACCCGGCUUCCUGGGGCUUCUCCGGCUCAUUAGGGAGACUGAGGCAUGGGAGGCUGCCCUACCUAGGAAUGAGCAGGUGGAAGGUGAAGAGGGAGCUGAAGUUCACCAAAGAGAUCUAGCUGCUGCCCAGGCUGCACCUGACAACAAAGAUAAUGCUGAGGCCACUCUAUCCAGUGAAAAUGCCAGUGAGGCCACCCUUCCCAAUGAGGUCACCAUGGAAUGUAUCUCCAUCAUUGUAGAGAAAACCAAGGCAGAACCAUCCAAUGAAGAUGCCAGCAAGGCUGCCCCUGCCAUUGAACACACUGAUGAAGCCUACCCAGCCGACAAGGUUACUCCUAGCCCUGAGCAUACUGUUGAAGCUACUUCCAAUGCAGAUGAUGUCAUGAAGGCAGUACCUACCAUUAAAGAGGCCAAUACCUCCCCUGCCACUCAGGAAAAUGAAGAUGCUUUUUCCCCUGCAGGCUUAGGCCAGGCAAGAUCAGUGGAGGCCUUCAGUGGCCUCACCCCAGCCCAGAUGGGCAGUGCUUCUGAUACUGGCCCAGGAGGGCCUGGUUUGGGGCCAGAGAGCCUCCUCCAGGGGGAAAAUCAGGAGGCUGAGGAGCCCCUGCUGGAAGGGCUUAAGGACAUCCUGGAAGAGUUGGGAAACAAGGAUGGGGCUGGGGAGACGAGCCACCCCAAGCCCUCCUUGGGCAAAUAGGCUCAGAAGUCCCAGGGGCCUUCUCUCCUCUCAGGCAACACAUCCCUGGAGGCAGGGGUAGGCCAGGCCAGGGCUGUCACCCUAUCCCAUAUUUGGAGCAGAGUUCAGGGAAGGGCUCAUUCCACCCAAAACAGGCCUCUCAACUCUCCAAGGAGCUCUCAUCACCACCACCAGCUCUUCCAAAUGGCCCAGAUGACCACAUUUUCAACCAGAUUUGGCAGGAGGAGUCACUCCUCCCCAUGGCAUCCCCAGCCUCAAACUCCACCAAUCUAGGGCAGUAGGCCUGGAAGCACCCCUGAGCUGCUAGCUCUGGCCUAGAUGAGGGUACCUGAAGAUAUCUGACUGAGAGACAUUGCCGGGGGUGUGGGGAGGAAGCCAUCUCAAGGGUGCCAGCUGCCUGGCUCUCCCAUCACGGGGAUUCUAUUCUCCCCUCCCAAUUCACCAAUUCCAGAACAGGACGCUACCUGUUCCUGGAAAUUCACCCUUAUUUGUAAGCUCAGUGGAGAUCCACCUCAAGCAAAUGCCCACCUCAUACUAGCCAUAAUUCUUGUGCAAAGCCAUGAGGUGUGUGUCAUCUCUGUGUGGAGGUCCUUGCCCUCACAGCAGCCACCCCUAGGUCUGGGCACAUGUUGUGAGCUUCCAUGUGAGCCAAGGCUCUGCUUGCUCCUGUCCAGUGUCCUGACUUAACCUCUGCUUUCUUGGUGUAGAUAUAGGCCAGCUUUCUGCCACUUGUUCUUGUGGAGUAUUGUAUGUUUUUAUCUGAGCAGCUUCUUCCAGGAGAUCCUGAGCCCACCAGUCCCAGGAGACAGCGGAAAGGAUGGAUGGUGAUGGCGUGAUUGAUGCUGUGCCCAUGACUGGGACUACAACUGUGACUGCAUCUGCAACUGCAAUCUUACCUUUUGCAGAAAGAACUGGACUGGGGAUGGAUGUGGAGAGCUGGAGCCUGUGCUUUGAUGUUCCACCUCUGUUGUUAUUUGUAACUCAGUUUCCUCAGCUUGGUGAGGCAUUUCCUGAUGUGCUUUUUAGUGUCUCUGUGCCAAUUAUAGGGCAAGAGCCACCCCACAGUGAGUCAGUCUCAGAGGGAAUUCCCUGAAAUUAAUGUGUAUUGCCAGAGGUCACCAUCCUGGCAAGAGGCAGAUCUGGGGGCCCUAGUAAGGGAAAAUGUGGUAGGAGGGCCCCAGUAUGGGGAGCAGAUGAGAAACCUCAUUAGAAGUCCAGGAUGAGGUGUCUCUGCAUCCCAGUACCUGUGGUCUUUACAAGCUGUGAAGAGUCCCUUUCCAUGUUGUCAUCCUCUUCUCAUUGAUGGGCUCAGUGAAUAUUUCUCUUUAAUAAAUUUCAUUAAAUGUUC